ACACAUUCACACUUAUUUCUAAACAAAAACACAUUUGUGUCAUUUUUGCUAUAAGAUGGAUAAUUUUGUAAAAACGCUCAUCGAGGAAGUCAAAUCGCAGGGCGUCUUUGAUGAAUUCCGUUUCAACUGCUGUUUGGCCGAUGUGGACACCAAGCCAGCGUAUCAAAAUGUACGAAAUCGUGUUGAGACUGCUGUGAAUGAUUUCUUGGACAAACAGAUAUGGACUCCAGAGACAAACAAGGUUCAACUGAGGGAACGACUACGCAAACAUCUGCUGGAUACCGACCUCCUUGACAAAGGAGUGGAUCAGAUAGUCGACCAGGUGGUUAAUCCGAAGGUGGCCACCAUCUUUGAGCCAAAGAUUGAGAGCAUUGCCUACAAGUAUUUGGGUAUUACACCACCUCCUCCGCCAGCUAAUGCGCCACCACCGAGGCCGCCCCCUUUGCUACCAGCUCCGCCUUUGCCGCCGUAUGCCAUGGGCAACGGCAGUGGCCUGCUAAAUGUUGAAACCACCGCUAGCCUAUUGCCUACUGAUUUAGAGCAAAUAAGCCCAGAUUCAGAUCGCGCCACUAUCAAGUCGGAUUUGAAGGAGGAUAGCAAAGAUGAAUUGCCGCCAGGUGUGGACGAUGACGACACAUCGCCGUCGUUUGAACCAUUGCUUGACGGCAAACCAGUGGAGGCAAUAAAUGGCUCCCUCAAUACCUCGGACUCUCGCAACAAAGACUUGGCGAACGACUCGCGAGACGCUGGCGCCUCGGGUCACUUCUAUCCAAAUUCACAACUGUCACAGGUGUCAAGUGACAGCCGCUUGACCAUUGCCUCAUCUACAGACUCUGCCAUGGAAGGUAGCAGCCAGCAGCCGACUCCAAUUACACCAAAUAUGACGGCCAAUAUAUCAGAAGAGGCCCAGAUGCCCAAGUUCAGUGAAAACUCCAGUGAGGCCAGCGAGGCAACAAGCAAUGAUCGUCGCCAGUUGCACUUUGAUAUCAACCAGGAUGCCAUUAGAUUUGAAGGUACUGAGCGAAAGAAUUCUCUAUCGGAGAACAACAAUAGUCAGCCACAGAUCUUGUCCAUUGAGGAUGAAAUCAUGUCCGAGGUAAAGGCGGUCAUUGAUGAUGCAAAUCAUGCUGCCAUUGAACCAGAUGUACCAACAGAACCUAAGGCGGAAAAAGAAACUAGUCCUCCCCAAACAGAAGUGCUAAAGACACCUCAAAUGGUUGAUAGCAUAGACACUACCACAGCAGAAGAAACAUCCGCGGUUCCAUCCAAUCAGGAUGGUGGAGAUAAUAAUAAAGAGGAAUUGCCCCUGGAAUCCAAUCAAACUAAAUUGGAAGAUGUUAAGGAUCAGGAAAUGCCGCAACCCACAAUUGAGGCCGCUGAGUUGCCCAGUCCAGAGGUUCCAGCCAUUCCCAAAGAAGAGGCUGUCAAGUCCAGCGAAUCCACAUCGUCGCCAGCCUCAUCUUCCUCACAUUCAAAGAGACAGCAUUCGAAAGAUAAGGACAAGAAAAAGGAAACAGAUAGGAGACAUCAUUCCCAUUCCAGUGACAAACAGAGACGCAAAUCGCGGGAUCGUGAUCGAGACAGUAGCCGCGACAAGUCGCACAGCAAGCAUUCUUCUAGUUCUAGCUCAAAGCACUCCUCCUCCCACUCGUCUUCCAGCACCAGCAAACACAAGAGUAGCACCAGUAGCAGUUCAAAGAGUUCAUCGAACCGAAGUAAUCGUGAAUCAUCAUCAUCAAAGCGAUCCUCUUCUUCAUCCACAAAUGUGCAGCGGCACGAGUCCUCAUCAUCCUCAUCUCAGAAGGAUCACAAGUCCAAAUCGUCAUCCACCUCAUCUUCAUCACGUUCGAAUCGAGGUAGAGAAAAGGACGGAUCCAGCCACAGUCAUAGUCGUAGCCAUAACGGCAGCAGUUCCUCGUCUAGCUCGAAGAAGAGUGAACGCGAUCGCGACAGGGAACGUUCCCACAACAAAUCCUCUUCAUUGUCUUCUUCGUCGGCACCUCCGCCGCCGCCUGUUGUUCAGGAUGAUCACAAUGAGGCCAAAGCGAAGAUACAGAAACGUCGCAGCUCCGACUCAAAUGAUGAAGGGAAACCACCAGGCUCUGGUGGAGCCUCAACCAAAAGUCUCGUAGAAGAUGUUGCCUCUAAGGAGACCACAAGCACCACCAAUCCAGAGGCUGUUCAAAAUGGCAAUGGAUUAAAUGGAAAUGACGGCACCAACGGCAAGCAUGUAGAUGCCAAUCAAUCAUUAGACAUCAAUAAUGUUGUUGUUGUAAGCGAUAUGCUUCAGCAAUCGACGACUAGUUUCAUUGAGUUAAAUGCCCCUCAAAAACCAGAAGUUAAAGAGAAAGUCGAUACAAAGGAGGCUGUGGAAAGAGAAUCCAGUUCACUGCCAGCAGCAGAAAUUAUUGUUUCAGAAACGACUUUACUACUGGAGCAGCCAAUUAAACCGGAAAACGAGUCAAACGAUUUACAGCAAGAAUUAAAACCAGAGGAGCCACAGAAGGAGUGCAACGACCAGCAAUUGGAAUCGACAAAGCAGCAGAUUAUAGAUGAUCAGAUGCAUACUUCGGAACACGAUUUGGAGCAAAAGGAAAUUAUAUCGAAAGAACAGCAAAUAGAGGCAGAAGAUCAGCAAACAAAGGCGCAAGAGCAAGAUCAAAAAGAAGACCAGCAAAUAGUAUCAGAAGAUCAGGAAAUGGUUUCGCAAGAAAAGCAGAAGGAAGAAGAAAAACAGAUUAUACCAGAGGAGCAGCCAAUGAAGACGGAAGAACCACUGGAAUCUCUACCAAAAUCAGAUGAACCGCAGGAAUCUCAACCGAAAUCGGAAGAGCAACCGGAAACGCACGAAACUAAAUCGGAAGAGCAGCAAAUACAGCCAUCGGAUGACCGGGUAGAGCUGAAAUUACCAGAAGUAGACGAAACAGUUAAGCCUUCAAAUGAAUCAACAUCAGAGGAUGUUGAAAAGAAACCUGAGGUUGACUCUACCGAAACGAAACCUGACAAUGAUCAGCUAGAGCCCCAAGACGACAAAACACAGCAAGCAGAAAAUUGCAAUUCAACAGAGGAAACUGAUGAUAUUACCCAUUUGGAGGAAAAUGCCGAUGAGUUCAAGCCACGAUUGGAAGUGAUUAAUCAAUUGAUCGUAGAUCAUCAAAAUUUAUUGAACCAACUCAGUGCUGAUGAGCCGCAAGUCUUGGCCGAUGCGAGAGCGUUGCGGCGAAGUACAUCAAAGCGUCGUUUUAGUAAAGAGAAAACGCCAACUCAACAGAUCAGUCCCAGCGGAAGUAGCAGCAGCAUUAGCUCCGCCGGCAGUAGUCCAGUGAAGACACAUCCAGCUAAGAAACUGCGUCGAGAUGAGGUCAAAUCAUCGCCAACAACAUCAGAGACCAGCAUCAAUUCCAAAGAGAACGAAGCGCUUGAAAAGGAGGUGCAGGUUGGCCGUCUGUCAUCCAGGCGCCUCAGUCAAAAGUUGUGCCAGCAGCAGCGUUAUACCAACGAUGAUCUCUACAAGCCACGACCAGUGCUGUCGCAACGAUCUCGUCGUCGUGGCCUGGACUCAAUCCUCUAGCCGGGUCCAUACGCAUGUCCUUUCACUUAAAACUAAAAACAAACAUUUAAUUAUAAUAAUAAAAAACAAAUGUGCAAAAUUGUUGUGGUUGCAUUUGACAUAAAA